GUUACAAUCUUUUUUAGGAGGAAGAGAGUAAUUUUUUUUUUUUGAAGUAGAAAAAGAGUAUUUGACAAAAAAAGUAAACAAAAAAAAGAGUAUUUGAGGAUAACAAAAAACACAUUUAAAAAAAAGUGUGUUAAAACCAAUUGGGAAAAAGGGGGUGUGUCGCUGGCCGUAAAACCCUAAAGCCUGAAAAGCUCCAAAACCAGGAAACAAUGGCUACUCGACGUUGUCUUCAACUUCUCAUUCGGCAAUCCUCUUCCUUAGCUGUGUCUCCAGAUCCAUUUCUCAAGUCUCUGAAAGCUUUAAGCCCGGCGUUUCUAAAUUCCCUUAGAACUAUAACCUCUUCCGAAGAAUGUCUCCCCAUUUCAACAAAAUCACACUCACAAUACCUAUUUCUAUCUCGGAGCUUCUGUUCCAAGCACAACAGUGGAAAUGGCGAUUCCUCAGGCGAUGAUAGCGAAGAAGAAUUUGAUGACGGCAGUGAUGAUGAGGACAAUGAGGGUGCUUCGGGGGCUGAUAGUGGGCCGAAGAGUCCCCAGGAUAAGAUCAAAGAGGCAGCUGACAUUGGAUACAAGGUGAUCGGGCCACUUGAGAAAUCAGAUCGGGUUUUCAAACCUUACGAGCCCGUUUUUGCUGUUGUUCAGAUUGGGUCGCACCAAUUUAAAGUGAGCAAUGGGGAUAGCAUUUUCGUGGAAAGAUUGAAGUACUGUGAUGUCAGUGACAAGUUGAUCCUGAACAAGGUUAUGCUGUUGGGCUCUAAGGCAAAGACAAUAAUAGGGCGGCCCAUAUUACCUGAUGCAGCUGUUCAUGCUGUUGUGGAGGAGCAUGCGUUGGAUGCAAAAGUGAUCAUAUUUAAGAAAAAAAGACGGAAGAACUACCGACGAACACGGGGGCAUCGCCAGGAAUUAACAAAGUUGAGGAUAACGGAUAUAAAAGGGAUUGAGAGACCGGAUGUGAUAGAUACAGGAAAGGAGUGCGCUGCUAAAACUGCAGACAGAGUUGGACUUGCUGCACCAGCAUAGCAUGACAGGUGCAACAGAUCUCAUCUUUCUCUUGGUACAAAAAAAUGCUCUUCAUCUCCUUUGAGCAUCUUUUUGCCAUUGUACAUCCCACAAUUCACUUUAGGCAAGAGUUUUUAGUGAAGAAGCCGUGUUCAGUCGUGGGGAUUUGUACUUUUAGCUGUGAUGGUCGUAUUUUUUUCGCCAGACCCGUCAUUCUUCACUCUUGAAGCACAUUUUUUUCUUUCGUUUUUGUGUUUUCACGGCGAGGCAUGCAAGUCUUGCAUUGAAAGGAAUGGAAAUGAGAUUUUUAUUUCUCUUCCUCUUUUUGGGGAUUUUGUUCUUGAAGUCAUUCUUUGGGUUUGCACUAUUGUGAUUGUUAUCUACAGCAUAAGACUUCCCACUUUUCCAGGAUUUCAGGGCAAAUGACCCU